AUGUCGUUCCCGCCCAACUUGAAGCUCAACGACGGCAACGAGAUUCCUCUGCUCGGAUAUGGUCUCGGAACCGCCCGAUUCAAGCGCAACCGAGGACCUCUGGAUCAAGAGCUGGUUGACCUCACCAAAAGGGCCAUUGAGAUUGGCUACUACCACCUCGACGGUGCUGAAGUAUAUGGAAAUGAGGAGGAGCUCGGUGCCGCCAUCAAGGCAUCAGGCGUCCCCCGAGAAAAGCUCUUUGUCACCACCAAGAUCAGCGCCACGGAGAAGAAGGACACCGAAGAGGCAUUUGUCCUGUCACUGAAGAAGCUCGGCCUGGACUACGUCGACCUGUACCUCAUCCACGGCCCCUUCUUUGCCGAAAGCGACGAGGAGCUGCAGCAGAAAUGGGCCGAUCUAGAGGCCAUCAAGGCUUCCGGCCGCGCAAAGUCCAUUGGCGUGUCCAACUUCCUCCAGGAGCACCUCGAGGCAAUCCUCAAGACGGCAAAGGUCCCUCCCGCGAUCAACCAGAUCGAGUACCACCCGUAUCUGCAACACGGCGACCUCGUUGCCUUCCACAAGAAGCAUAAUAUCGCCAUUGCCUCGUACGGCCCCUUGGUGCCUAUUACCAGGGCGCAGGGUGGCCCCGUGGUGCCCGUCUACCAAAGGCUGGCGGAGAAGUACGGCGUCACUGACUCUGACGUCGGCCUCCGAUGGGUCCUUGACCAGGGGAUCGUCACGCUCACAACCAGCUCCAAGGAGUCGCGGUUGAAGGGCUACCUCGAGAGGCUUCCCAAGUUCUCGCUGGAGGAGGAUGAGGUGAAGGAGAUUUCGGAGGAGGGAAACAAGCACCACUACCGGGCAUUCUGGAAUGACAAGUUUGCCAAGGAUGAUAGGAGGUAG